CGCAAGGGGUCACAAGAAAUCCGAGAAACCCCAGUCAAACGGUUCUUUAAAUCUCUUAAAAAGAAAAAAUAGCGCAAAUCCAAACUAAAAAAAGACAUCCCUCAAAGAAAAAAAUUGUCCGGAAUUGAUCACCAUCGAAGAAUCAAAUUAAUCAAUCAAGCGUCUGAAAUUUCUCAAUCGAUUCCCCGAGCAGAUAAGUAAAAUGAAAAAUCCCUGACAGCAAAAAAUUGAAUUGAAUUGAUAAUAAAAAUAAAUGUCCGGAUUAAAUGAACGUUUCUAUUCGAAACUGUGAUUCGAUCCAUGAACAAGUUUUUGAUGAUUAUUGAAGGACUGAUCUUGACCCAAAGCGAAAUAAUAAAGUGUUGUAAGUUAAUUCAACGCACCGCAAAUUAUCAAUUAAAAUAAUUGAGUAGAGAUUGCUAGAGGGGUCUAAGUGUUGCGAUUCUCCGGUAAACACCGCCAUCAAGUACACGUUGGUUUAAUCAUAAGUGACGUGACAUGGGUCCAAGUAUUUUACCGCUAAUUGAGGUGUGACAUGAGUUGAGUGAUAGACUUUGAUGAAUCGAUAAAGGUAUCCAUGUGGCUAAUUAAAAAGAUGAUUAUGAUGGGGAUGGAAGCGUGAGGGAAAUCUCCAAGGUGUCUCCAUAAUUUAUUGACACUGAAGAUAAAUAACAAAGAUUAGCUGAGAAUUUUGAUAGGAAUAAACAUGAAGUCGGGACUUGUGGAGUACUUUAUCGUGGCAAUUUUGUGCCUGGUGGAUAGGACCGCAGGUGGUAGUUGCAGAGCUGCCAAACUCUGCUGUCAAGGACGUGAUUCUGGUUGUGUUAUUCAAAAAGCAUCACCCAAUGCAAUUAUCGAGAGUCCAAGGGAUAAACCAUGCUAUUGCGAUCAUGCUUGCCUCAAACUCAAUGAUUGCUGCGAUGACUUUCGCGAUGCAUGCAGUGUUGCAGAUUGUGCUGUUAGCGAGUGGGGGACAUGGUCACCUUGCAAAAGCCAGUGUGGAGUUGGAAUUCAAACAAGAAACCGAGUUAUCACGAAAGCCGAGCUCAAUGGAGGCAAACAUUGUCCCCAGUUGGAGCAAUCGCGGACGUGCAGAGGAUUUGCUGGAUGUCGUGAGCAUUCGGAAUUAUCCCAUAAAGGCACCGUUCUCCUGACGACUCUCUCAGAGAAAAAUUCAACGAGUGAUGAUGUGAACUCAGUGCCCAGCUAUUGCCAGAUCUUCACAGUUCUCUGGGCAUCGCGCAUCUGCACGAGGGAAUUUCCCGAUUUGACACUAGGUUCACAAAUAUGUGCACUAUGCCGAGAAGAUAGUGGGAAUUGUCAGAGUGGUGAGGAGUAUGUGGCCCCCACGGGAAUCGGCAGGUGGAAAAUAAUGACGUCCACAUCAACACGAUGUCAUGGGAGAUGGAUUGCAAGUACAAACCUCAGAAACUACUGCGAUACCACCGGCUGCGAGGACAUGUUAUCUCUCAAAUUCAUCUGAAAUUAAAAUAUGCCGAGGGCACCCGGGAUUUACCGUGGAAAAACGUAAUCCCAUUGGACGGGAAAUGAAAAAAGCCAGCGCAACACCUGAUAUUAUAAAUGAAUUGAUAUUUUUCCGGGGGAUGAAA